AUGUUCGCGUCGGCGCUGUUCGCGGAGUUCUUCAGGGACCCGUUCUUUCGCGUUGGCAUCUCGCCCGUCCAGUCGCCACAGUGGACCACAUUCGAUACUUUCCCGGCUGCGAAGAGUUGUCAAGAUGGCGACUGGGGAUUUCCUAGCCCAAUAAGCUAUCCAAGGGAAGAUACAAUCGCCCAAGCGGCACCAAUUGGAGAUCGACGACUCGUUCCGUGGAAGCCAGUCCAGGAAAGCUCAGCCCCGCCACCAUCUUCCAAGAAAUGUGGGCUCGAACGGGAAGUUUGUCAGAAACCAAGAAAGACGACUCAGAGAAAGGUGGAGUCGUCGCCGAGGCAGAGACCACUUCAGCCCUCAGCAUCGGCGUCAGCAGUGCGCGCUGCACUGGAUGCCGCUCAGUUUGGCUCUGUGCAGUGCGUGCCCAUAGCUUUAGGCCACCGAUCGAGCCCCCGCCCCCGCCCACCUCAGCUGCCGCCGUCGCGUGUCACCCAGGCGUGGAUGGCGUCGCUACGGAAGCCCGAUGUCAAGAGGUCACGCAGCGCCGCCGGCCCAGCUACCGCCGUCGACUCCGCUGCAGCGCAACCGAGGCAGCUCGCUUCGGCGCACAAAGCUGCAGGAGACGGCCUCGAUUCGGCAAGCGACGGCGUGGCGGCGAGCGAGCCGGAGCUGUUGUCGCUGAUCCGCGGCGAGGUGCUGCUGGCCGACCCCGGCGUGUCGUGGGACGACGUGGCCGGCCUGGAGGCGGCGCGCGACGCUCUGCGCGAGGCUACCGUGCUGCCGCUGCGCCUGCCCGGAUACUUCAGCGGCAUCCGCACGCCCUGCCGCGCCCUGCUGCUCGCCGGGCCGCCAGGCACAGGCAAGACGCUGCUGGUGCGGGCGCUGGCCACAGAGAGCCGCGGGCAGCUCGCCUUCUUCAACGUCUCCUCCUCCACCCUCACAUCGCGCUGGCGGGGCGACUCCGAGAAGCUGGUCCGCCUGCUGUUCGCGGAGGCGCGAUCACGGGCGCCCAGUGUGAUCUUCAUCGACGAGGUGGACGCGCUAUGCUGCGCGCGCGGCUCCCCCAGCGAGCACGAGGCGUCGCGCCGCUUCAAGGCUGAGCUGCUGGUCGCCAUGGACGGGCUGUUGUCGGGGACAGGCGUGGGCGCCGGCAAGAGCCAGCCGCACGUCGUCCUCGUCGCCGCUACCAAUCACCCCUGGGACCUGGACGACGCCUUCCUCAGGAGGUUCGAGCGGAGGGUGCACGUGCCACUGCCGGACGAGGCGUCCCGGAGGCGGCUGGCGGAGGUGUGCCUGCGCGGUGUGGCGACCGAGGAAGGUGUGGAUGCGGCGACGGAGGUGGCGUCGCGUACGCAGGGGUUCUCGGGCGCGGAUGUGGCUGCAGCGUGCCGCUGCGCGGCAAUGGCGGCCCUGCGGCAGCUCGUGCGAGACAGGGGCGUUGACGCGGUGGCCGCGCUGCCCGCUGACCGGCUGCAGCCGCCGCUGUCGCUGCAGGACCUGCGGGUCGCGCUCGCCGCCGCCAGGCCCACUGUGCGUCGCUCCCUCGUGCGCCGCUAUACUGCCUGGGCCAAGAAGUUCGCCACAGACUAA